AUGCAAUCCCUUUCUCUCUUUUCUCACCGUAGUGGAAGGCUUCUAGUUCUUCCUCGAGGCAGAUUUGCUAUUAGGAGUCGAGCAAGCAGCUAUUAUCCACAGCCGCCGCCGCCUCUCUUUGACCUUUGUGUUCGACGUGCCUACGGCGAAGCAUUGGAACGAGUUCGCGCCCACCCACACGAGGCUCGCUUCAAACAUCCACGCAACUGGACCGCACUGCACUGCUGUGUCGAACACGUGGCGCCAUUGAAAUUGGUCAAGGCAAUCUACGAGGCAAACCCACAAUCGCUUACCACCACGGAUUGGCAAGGGUUGACACCCCAAGAUGCAGCCGUGGAUUUGGAAACCAAGGAGUUCUUGAGACAACAAACUGAAUUGCAUCAGACGGCCAAAAAUGACACCGGGAACUCUACUACUAUCGAGGAAGCAACUGGUGCCAUAUCGGAGCAAGGUACUAGUAGCACUGGUACAAUCUACGACAAGGCAAAUGAUCCCAUGCUAUUAGGAAAAGUGCUGGUACACGCAAAUAGCUUGUCAGACAAGAUAUCUGAACUGAACGAAACAACCAGAGCACUUCAGAACGAAGUUGAUGCACUCAAGGCGACUUUGAAAGGAAUGGGGGCCAAGUAG